UAGAAUAAAAAUAGUUCAUGUAGCUUCACUGUAGCGCGACGGAAUUACUUUGUUGAUAGAGUGAACGAUUGAAGCCAAAAUCAUUUAAAAACCUACCAACUUUAAACCGGUUUCAUUGUUAUCUUAAAGCCAUUAACAAAGUCAGCAACAGGAUAAUCAGUAAUAAUCACAUUAAUCAUGAGGCUAUUGAUCAGCGUUGUAGUGUCGGUUCUAGUUCUAGCUGCUACUGCAGCAACUAGCGACAGAGUGGUGGAAACAUUGACUGGCGCCGUCCGAGGGAGACUUGUAAGAGAUUUGAACGUGACUUAUUAUGCGUAUCUCGGAAUACCGUACGCGGAGGCGCCGACUGGACAGCUCCGGUUUAAACCUCCGGUGCCUAAGAAACCAUGGAAUGGCACAUUGGACGCGACGGCGUAUGGUCCUGUGUGUCCGCAAGACGACACCUUUUAUAAGAGAAGCGAGAUGAGUGAAGACUGCCUGAGCCUGAACGUGUAUGUGCCCGCCAGGUCAGCGCUGGCCCCCACGCCGGUGCUAGUGUAUGUGCAUAGCGGGGAGCUCACCAUGUUGUCAGGAAGGCCCUUCAUUCUCGGACCACAGUUUUACAUGAAAUAUGGUGUGCUGUUGGUGACCAUGAAUUACAGGCUAGGAGCGUUAGGUUUUUUGUCUGUACAAACAGAAGACGCGGGUGGCAACGCCGCGUUGAAAGACAUAUUAUUAUCGCUCCAGUGGGUCAAGAGGCACAUAGCUCAGUUCGGUGGUGACCCCGACAACGUCACCCUAGGCGGGGAGAGUGCCGGCGCUGUUCUAGUGCAAUACCUCACUCUAUCCGAAAGGUCUACCAAUUUAUUCCAUAAAGCUUCUAUGAUCAGCGGAUCGGCUUUAGGCUACAGGUUUUUUAAUCGCCAUCCCAUAAACACGGCUUUCGAUCUUGGUAAGAAGAUGGGAUAUCAAACAAAAGACCCAAACGAGCUAGUGCGAAAACUACAAGAUGCUGAUGUAUUCGAUAUAGUAACUGCUCAAGGAGAUAAGACAAACAAACGGAAUGGGUUCAGGCCAUUCGCACCAUUCACACCGGUGGCAGAGACACCGUCCCCACACGCGGUCAUCACACAACAUCCGCUACAAAUAGUCAAACAAGGGAUCCCACAAAAUGUUCCUGUCAUAGCAGGAAUUAUGAUGCGAGAAGGUAUAAAAAUGCUUCCGUUUAUACGAAGAAACCCAAUACUCGCCCUAAACCUAAACGAAGACUUUGAAUUGUGUAUUCCAUCCGACAUAGAAUACCCGUAUGGGUCCCGUGAGUCUAAAGAUUUGGCCAACUCUAUAAAACAGUUUUAUUUCAACAACGAAACCAUAUCGAUUACCACGUUGUUGAACUUUGUCAACUUGGUGACAGACACACAGUUCGCUUACUCUACCGAUAGGUGGAUUGAGAUUUAUAAGAACAUGCCCAAUAGCGACAGAGUAUACUAUUACGUGUUUGACUUCGAUGGAGACUUGAACUGGUACAAGCUGUUCUCACUGACCCCGUUCCCAGGGGCGUCCCACGCCGACCAAACAGGAUACAUGUUUGUGACGAACACCACCAGGCCACUGCUGCCUAUUGCCGGAGCGGAGAGCAAGCAGACCAUACAGGUUGUGCUACAGUUGUGGACUAAUUUUAUUAAAUACGGAAAUCCUAGUCGACUUACUUCACUGACAUGCAAUAUUCGAGAAGAAUGGUCAGAUUGUGGAACGCAGCGCAACUACUUGGCUCUCAACAACCGUCCCUACAUGGUGCCGGGACCACCUUUAAGGAGAAGACUGCACUUCUGGCGUCAAGUGUACGCGCAAUAUGAAAGCUACGUGGCUCGAGGAGGUGGACUGGAAGCAAAGACACCUUAACAAGUUUUAUGUUAACUCGACGAAACCCGACGUAAAAAGAGGGUUGCUAUAAUUUUACACUCGCUAACAGUAAUAAAGUUCCAUAAAAAAGUUUGAAGUGUUCUAUCUAUCAAUCUAUCUAAAGUGCAAGCCCAAUUUAUUAAAACAUUUAUUUUAAAU